AUGGAGGUGACAGCCAGAGCUCCCGGCAAAAUCAUACUUGCCGGCGAACACGCUGUGGUUCACGGAUCAACGGCCGUCGCUGCCUCCAUUGAUCUCUAUACUUAUGCCUCUCUUCGCUUUCCCACUCCUGAAGAUAAUGAUGAUACACUUAAACUCCAGCUCAAGGAUAUGGCUUUAGAAUUUUCUUGGCCAGUUGGAAAAAUUAAAGAAGCACUGCCAGAAUUGGGGAGUCAUGCCGCAUCAUCACCCAUGUCAUGUUCACUGGAUACCAUUAAAUCAAUUGCAGCUCUAGUUGAAGAACAUAAUAUUCCAGAGGCCGAAACUGGACUUGCUGCUGGAGUUUCAGCUUUCCUUUGGUUAUACACUUCUAUCCAAGGGUAUAAACCUGCGAAGGUGAUUGUCACUUCUGAGCUUCCACAGAGCUCUGGAUUGGGUUCAUCGGCAGCAUUAUGUGUCUCCCUCUCAGCUGCUCUACUUGCUUUGUCCGAUGCUGUGAACUUAGAUUUUGGUCAACAAGGCUGGUUAAUGUUUGGAGAAAGCGAACUGGAAUUGGUUAACAAAUGGGCUUUUGGUGGUGAAAAAAUAAUCCACGGGAAGCCAUCUGGGAUAGACAACACGGUUAGUACAUAUGGUAUGUGUUCUUUCAUAGCAAUUUGGAAAACAGUUUGA